ACUCUGCUGUUGCGCAUGCGCGGCAGCACAGAGGCGACGGCCCGGAGGACAAGGCGCAUGCGCGGAGGCGUACAACGCGUGGAGGAGGCGCUGCCGCGCAUGCUCGCAGCGGGACGCAGGCGUGUGACGCGUGGUCUGCGCGCCGUCGGUCCCCGGUCCCAUAUGGAGGAUGAAGACUGCCCCGAGCUGGUGCCGAUAGGCGUCGGCGUUGUGCAGGACAGCGAGCCAGGCUCCGGCAGGAAGAUCCCCGUGACCAUUAUCACGGGCUACCUAGGUGCUGGGAAAACAACGCUUCUGAAUUACAUCCUGACUGAGCAACAUAGUAAGAGAAUCGCAGUGAUACUGAAUGAGUUUGGAGAAGGAAGUGCACUGGAGAAAUCGCUGGCAAUCAGUCAGGGAGGAGUACUCUAUGAAGAAUGGCUGGAGCUAAGGAAUGGCUGUUUGUGCUGUUCAGUAAAGGACAAUGGUGUGAAGGCUAUUGAGAACCUCAUGCAAAAGAGAGGAAAAUUUGACUAUAUAUUGUUAGAAACAACUGGUUUGGCAGAUCCAGGAGCCGUGGCCUCCAUGUUCUGGGUUGAUUCUGAGCUGGGAAGCGACAUAUAUCUUGAUGGCAUUGUAUCUGUUGUUGAUGCAAAGCAUGGAUUGCAGGUAAGGUACUGGGUUUCUUGUGUGUUUUAGAUGAACUGCUACCCAGAACAGCUGUUGCAGUGAUGUUCAUUUUGUUUUUUUGUUUUUUUUACAAUUGUUUUAAUUCUUACAAUGAAUAAAGAUACAUUUCAGUUACUGUGGCUCACUAGUGCUGCAUUUUGAAUGGCAACGAAGAAGAACUGAUACACAUGCAAUUUUCAGCUUCUUAUCAAUGCAGCAGCAUGUCUGCAAAGAGUUGUCAGGUUGCUUGAUAUUUGAUUUACGGAAUCUCAGAACUGUAGGGGUUGGAAUGGACAACAGGGGGUCAUCAAGUCCAACCCUCCUGCUAUAAAGCAGUUCCCUACAAUAGGUUGCUUCUAGGUUCUAUCAUCUCACUCAGGAAUCUUAGUUGUAUUCCAAAUAGACUUUUGCAUUGCUAUAAAAGCAGUGGGAGAAUUUUGUCUUCAAGACUGAAUACUUGAUCCGUAUUAUUAGCAGUGGAGAAGUAAGAACAGACCUCUGACACCAGGGUGAUAACAAGUGACUUAAGGCUGCAAAUUGGGAAAUGAUGCUAGUGUAAGGGCAGCUAUGGGGAGGAGAGGUUAGAGAGUUGAACUACUAGAUACCGUAUCAGAUGAACGGAUGAUUUAGUUACCUGGAAGUAGAUUAAAAUAGCAGGUAAUAGAGUAAUCUAUGUGACAUGUACUGAAAGAACAGACCUACAGAACAGUGAGGAUAGGUAAGUGCAGAAAUUGUGAUUAAAUUCAAGUAAUUUAACUUCUUCAUUUAUAGUUGACUGUAAAAACAAUUCUUUACAAUGUUGUAACCUAAGCACUUUGAUUAGGUGCUUUGAUUAGGUAUUGCUUUUGUAGAAUUUUGUAGAAUUGUAGAGUAAGAGUGAUCAUAAGAUACUCCUGUGGUUAAUAUCACAAGAAACUGCAAUGUCUUAAACCACCUCACUUUUCAGUUUAGUGCUCUCAUGGUAAUUUAAAUGUUUUAUUACUUUCAAAAGUACUAUUCUGUUCAACUUUCUCCUUACGCAAUGCUUGCUUAUGGGCUUGAAUCAAAUAGAAAUGUCAUGUAGGGCAGUACUUAGCUGUUGUUUAGAAAAAAUCAAACUUUUCAUGUUUAAACUUGCAUAUAACAUGCCAGAAAACACACAAAAAUGUUCUGAAAUAUUGAACUUUCCUAUUAUUAUCUUCACAAGCUCAAUGAAAACUGUUAGGUUGUUUAAUUGAUCAGAAUGCAAUUAGAAACUUCAGACUUUUUGAAUUAUAUGCCAGGCAGAUAACAUUUGCUGUGUAUAAAGGACUUGUUAACACGCAGCUCUUCUUGUUAAAAGUUUGAUCUCAAACCUGCUUGUGAUUCAGAUAAUUCUGUAAACAAUACAAGUUUAUAAAAUACUCUUUUUUUAUUUUUUAAGUAAAGGACAAAUGGUUGGACAAGUUAAAAUGAUGGGGUUCUACUUUGACACGUGUACUACUGACUUUGUCCUUUCAGGGGUAAGAAGUCAGACCACACUUAAUUUGAUAGAAGCUUAGAAAUAAAAAGUCAGAGGAAGAGUUUCUCUUCCAGCCAUCCUUUUGUUACCUUCUCUUUAGGCUAUCCACAGUCAGGAAAUAGUCUUGAUUUGGUUUUUAAUGUGUUUUUUUUUUUUUUUAAAGGCAACAUUGAUGGUACAUGAUAUAGUUUUGUUUUAGAAUUCUGAUUGUUCCACUUAAACAGUUGUUUUUUACUUUCAUUUAAUUGAUGCAUUUCCCAUGAAAAUUAACACUAUUUUCAUUUUGUAUUCCUGUGUCUUAAUAAAUCCAAUUUGAAAGUAAUACCCCUCAUACUGUUAGAGCUGAUGAAGUAAUGCACGGGACUAUGUGAUCUUUCCAUACGAGGUGCACUUCUGAUAUUAGGAUGUCAAUUCAAAGUUUUACAUUUUCCAGAUGUCUGUGAUGGUUUUGCCUAAAGGGUUGCUGCCUCAAUGUCAGGACUGAAAAUGCCUUGUAGCAGUGCCUCUGCUCUUUCAGUACUGAUGUCUCUUGUUCUGAAUUCCUGAUAGAACAGAGCUUUAACUUACUCUGGUUAGUGCUGCUGACUGAGAAUUGGGUGUUUUUUCUCUCUUUCACUAAUUCUCUGGGGGAUGUUAGCUUUGGUACACAAAUGUAGGACAAGGCUGCAGGUGAUAAGAUACUGAACUCCUGCAGCAUAAUGAUGUGAUGCUCUUUUUGUCGGUGCUGUCUCUUCUACCCAGUUUCUGCUUAAAUAAACAGCAAACACCGAGGAGUGGCAGACUCACUAAUGAGUAGCAGUUUGUUCAUAGAAACUCAGAACAAGAUUAUGGGUUUUUUACUGUAGAUAUGUAGUUUUGUAAAUCUUUCUGAGAGAAGAAAUAUUCUUACAUAAUUACGAAAUCUUGUACUGCAGGCCUAAUGCAUCUUCAACAAUAGACGUAAGUCAUUAAAAAAAUAUAUGUUUUUAUUCAAAUACGUUUUUCCAUUGUUACUGUAUAUCAUGGUGACUUCAGUUUUGAGAUCCAUGAUGAAUUAAAUAUUACAAGACAGCUUUCCAACUCUUUGGCAUUCUCUGCAAGUAAUGUACUGAAAGAAAAUAGUUUCCAUUAAAGAAAUGUUAAGCUUCUGUAAAGGUGAAGGUAUCAACUUUUUCAUCCUAAUGGAAAAAAAAAA